GUGAAUAAUAGAAUAUUAGUUCACUAAAUUAAUUGGAAACAGAACUUGAAAUAUCGAUAGUUCCUAGGAAUUCCCACAGAGUUCGCUAUAUACAUCUUUUCGCUUUAAAUAUUUUUUAACAAUCCUCAACUGUAUUGAAAUUUAAUUUUCGAUUUUUGUGUAAAAUAUUUUUGUUGAAAUUUCGAAGACCACAGAAGUUAAAUAUCUAUUUAUUUUUCCACAUAACGUGAUAUCUUAACAAUUAAUGCUGAAGUCUAAACCAAUAUGGCCGCCACUUGUUGGUUUAACCAGUAUCUUGCUGUAAGGCUAGGAAGUGUGUUCUUUUCUCACCUUCAAUGGCAAUUUGAGAUGUGUAGUUUCAUAAACCGUUGAUAUCGUUGUUUUUAUAGUAACAUUGUUCUAUGAAAAAUUAUCUAUUGCUAUCUUUGAUUUGAUCACUAUUCUGAUGUUUAGCCCACUGGUUUGUCUGUUGAGAGAAGUGGGUUAAAUUAUUAUAGUUGUGAAGUGAUGUGCCUCUUGUUUCGUUUGUUUUAUAGUGAUAAUGCAAGUGUUAGUGUAGUUUAUUGUGUGAAGAUAGCAUGAUGGAUAGUUCACCUCCAGGAAUACCUGACAAGACUGAGGAAAGCGACCAUCCCGUUUCCCUGAAGUCGGGCAAAAAGCCAUCCCUCAAGAGGUGGAGCUCUUUCAAUCAUGGGAAAAGGCGGUUGCUAUGUAAUGGUCCUUCCUUUCGGAGGUCGCCCACAGCUCGCCCUGACAACCUCGUCAACUCCUACACCACCAUCAGUAUCCACAAAGACGAGAGAGGAUAUGGCAUGAAAGUGUCUGGGGACAACCCAGUCUAUGUCCAAUCUGUCAAGGAGGGUGGAGCGGCUGAAAGGGCGGGCCUUCAUAGCGGCGACACUAUUGUCAAGGUGAAUGGAGUGAACGUUCUUCAUCUGACCCAUACGGAGGUUGUGGAGCUCAUUAAAGCGGCUUCUCAGGUUGUCCUAACGGUCCAACAAAAUCCCCUCCGAGAGCGAUCCUCCAGCAAUGUGAUGAGCUCUCCAAAUCUUCAUAGGGCGAAUCACCACCACUCUCUGCCUUCGAGGGAUCAUCGGAUCACUGCUCCGCAACCGGUUGAUCAUGAGAAGAUGAGGCAACUUGAGUAUGAGAAAGCACAUACUCUCAAGUUGAUGCUCGAGAAAGAGCGGAGGUAUGUUGAAUCUCUCCGCAGCAAGCUUGCCAAAAACAAGGAUCCUGGAACAGAGAGUAUAAUACAGCAAGAUUUGGUGGGUGCAGAGAGAAGAGUACAAACCCUACAACAACAGUUGGAACAAGAGGGUUUGGAUCCCCCCCCUCUUCCAUGUAGGAACAUGCCCAACAUGCCCCCACGACCACCUCCCACCUCCCCGCCCCCGCUACCCCCAAGGCAAUGUUUGGUCCAUUCGAUGAGUGCUGUUGAGAAGAGUUUUGAAAUGGCUGGUCCUCAAGUCCUUCAACAUACUCAUCAGAGAACUAAGUCAAGCCCUGAUAAUUUGAGUGUUAAUUUAACUCUAAGUGAAGCUACUAAAAGACUGAUUGCAUCAGAAUCAAUGUCUGAAUUGCAUUUUGCGAAAUCACACGGCAGUAUAGCGUGGGAAACGGAGCCUACCACCGGUGGUCUUACUCCUCCUGGAACACCUCCUCCACCUUACCUUCCUGGACAGAAUUCUCCUGAACAUACCUAUACAACUAUUCCGGAUGAUGACCUCCCACUUCCAACUUCUGAAAUUUGUGAUUCACCUGUAAAAAGCAGUGGUUUUACAAUCCAUAAUGCCACUCAAGUUCAACAGCCUAUAAUAUCAAUGGAAGAUGAAGAUAUGUCUGAUCAAGAAAUGACCCAGACAGAAGAUCAUGGGCCAUUUAAAAGUCUUUCAAAAUUAUGGACUCAUCAAGCACAUCUUGCAGUAUUUCUUAACUAUGUGAUUUCUAAUAGCGAUCCUGCUAGCUUGUUAUUCUAUUUGGUGACAGAUCUUUACAAGGAAGGUAAUGCAAAGGAAAUGAAGAAGUGGGCUUAUGAAAUACACUCUAGUUUUUUAGUACCUGGAGCUCCCUUACGACUGAAUAACGUUGAUGAAAAUAUUGCCCGAGAAAUAGAUGAUGUUCUUUCAAAACAGGCUGACAAAGAAGAAAUUUUAAGGAAGAUAUUCUGGAAAGCCCGGCAAAAAGCUAAAGAAGAACUCAAUGAGCAACUUGCUGAUUUUCAAGCUAAAAGGACUGCAGGUCUAGGAACUCUGUUUGGUCCUAGAGAUGCUGAAUUAGAUGAGAGUAUUCAUGACAAAGCUAAAGAGCUUAAAAUUAUAGAAAGUAUUCUUAUUCCAAAACUCGAACCAUAUUUAGAAGAUAUCGAGAGGGGCAUUGUUGACGACAAAAGGUUCUCUACCGGUGCAGCAUUAGGAACGGUGAUGAGCAAAGUGUUUGGCCUUAGGGGACCACAUUUCAAUUCUCUCCUUGAAAGGUGUCUCACCUACGUGUCUAAAGAUAAAUCUCUGAAAACAAGACUGAUCGGAAAAACUAGAAAAGUUACUACAAGAGGGCAUCAGUGCGUAGCUUACCAAUAUUACACUGUAACGUAUUGUAACCACUGUCAGCUGAUUAUUUGGGGUAUUGGACCUCAGGGAUAUCAAUGUACAAAUUGUGGCCUAAAUAUCCAUAGAAAUUGUGUGAGUGUUUUGGAUGAGAAUUGUCCUGGUCCAAUGGUAAAAAAGGAAAAGGGAAACGAUCGUAUAAGUAAACUAAUGGAGAGAAUUAGACCUGAAAACACCAAGCGGAAACCUAGUUCGCAGAGUUUUGCCCAAGGUGAAAGGAAUAAAAGGCUGCUUGAAGAAGACCCUGCAUUAGCUGCAGACAAUGAAUCAGGAGAGCGGAGUGGGAGCGGUCGGGAGAAGCGGCCUGAUCCCGUGAGGGAGUCUUCGGAGGAUCAUGGGCGAGCCAAGCAGUCCGCCUCUCAGGACCAUGAUCCACUCGACCCCUCUGCCCAAGCCGGCGAUCCACCUCCUCCGCAUGGAGCGAAGCAGCACGGCAGAGGCAGUGGGGUCAACCGUUCGGAGAGUUACAAAGAGAGAAUACCCCAAAAAAGAAAAAGAGAACAGCGGAAGACGAGUGACCCAAACCUUUCAAAAUCAAACAAUGAGGCAGAAGCUGAUGUCCAGUCAUUUUCCUUUAAUCCUCCUCCGAAUUCCGGAAGCUCUUCUAAUUCUAGUCUUUCUACCAGAAGCCUGGAGAGCCCAAGCAACUCGACUGAGGCUGUCGCUUGUCAACAGCAACAGCCAUGGGAUAGUGACAUAGAGUCCGAUCCAGUUCCACCAGAAUGGACAGCAUCCAUUCCAGAGGAGGUUAGGGAGAAAAUGACUGAAGAUGAACGCAAAAGACAAGAAAUUAUAAAUGAACUUUUUUAUACUGAAAAAUCACACGUACGUGGGCUUAAAGUGUUAGAAAGGAUAUUUUAUAGACCGAUGAAAGAAAAGGAAAUUCUUAACCCUGAGCAGUUGAAUUUAUUGUUUGCAAAUCUUGAAGAAAUGGUACAAAUACAUUCUACUUUCAACAAUAGUAUGAAAGCCUUGAGAAAUGAAAAUCCAGUUAUUGGGGAUAUCAGUCAGCUGCUCCUGAAUAUGUUUGAUGGAACAGCUGGUGAAACUUUUCAAAAAGCUGCUGCCAUGUUUUGUGCUCAGCAGCACAGUUCUUUAGAACUUCUAAAAGAAAAGAGAAAAAAAGAUCAAAAAUUUCACACUUUUCUAAAUGAGGCCGAAAUGAACUCAGUAUGUCGGAGGCUUCAAUUAAAAGAUAUUCUUCCUACUGGUUGGCAAAGGUUGACUAAAUAUCCUUUGUUACUGGAGAAUUUGGUAAAGUACUCAAAAGGCUGUGAUUCUGAUGAAGUAAAUAGGCUGCAGAGGGCACUUGAAAGGAGUAAAGAGGUUCUUAACCAUGUUGAUUCUGCUAUCAAGGAGGCAGAAAACCAUAAUCGGCUGUUAGAAAUACAACGCCGAUUAGAUACCUCUUCUUAUGACAGAACAGACCAUCCUACCUCGACCGAGUUCAAGAAUUUGGACUUGACGAAACACCGCCUCCUUUAUGAAGGGUCUUUAUUUUUGCGAAUUCAGAACAGGCAGAAACUUAUAGAUCUCCAUGUUCUUCUAUUAGAAGAUGCAAUAAUCCUCCUGCAAAAGCAAGAUGAAAAGUUUGUUCUGAAGUUCUAUAGUCAAUCCUUAAGUCCAAUAAUAAAAAUAUCUACUGUUCUAGUCAGGCCUAACGCAGUCGAUAAAAAGGCACUUUUUCUUGUGAAUACGUCACAUAACGAAGCCCAGAUCUAUGACUUUGUUGCCAACUCGAAUUCAGAUAAGAGGAGAUGGUUUAAACAAAUAUCUGAUGCAGCUGAGGCGUACAAAACAAAAGAAGGCAAAAACAAGCGAGUAGAUGUAAGUUCUACUGAAGAACCCAGUGAUAUAACAGACAAAAGCAAAGAAAUUGAAGAUGUUGUGGAAAGUGAUUUAAUCGCACAGCAGGGAAGCCCGGUGCUCAACAGUACACCUCAGCCUGAGUCUCCGCAACCCUCUGCACCAUCUCCGAGAGUCAGCGAGAGAGUCCGGAAUGAUGAGAUGUUGGCUACCUACACUGAGGAGAGUUCCCUUGUUGAGCCUUCAGAAGUCGUCAUUUCACAGCGAGAUAUACACACUGCUGAACCUGUCCUUACGCCUUUAGAAAAAUUAAGGCGUAAAGAUGAAAUAGUUCGAGAAGCUCUGUUCGAGAAACAGGUACUGGUUGCAGAUAUCCUUCACAUUCCCAGGGAGGAGUUUGAUGCCAUAGCAGAUCUUGCUGGUGAGGCUACUACUGGUGACAAGGACCCCUCUGAGUUAAUACUGGCAGCAGUUCAGCAAGCUAGUAAUCUCUCAUCGAUUGUAAAUGAAGCUCUUAGAGUUAGUGAAGAGGAAGUUGUAAGUGCUACUGUGAGUCCUGGACACAUUCCAUCAGUUCCUGCACAUAAGUUGUAUUCAAUUGUCAAUGCCUUGAAUUCUCAUCUCUCCCACCUACUUAAUGUAAUGAACGAGAGAGAUGAAGAAAGAGAAAGAUUAAGAAAAGAGCUCCAAAAAUCUCGGGAACGGAUUCAUGCUAUGCAUGAGAGACAUGAACAUAAUGGUUUCCUAGAGCAAGAAAAUUCCCAAUCUGAGAAUGUACAACCACCUCUUUCUUCUGAGACUCUUGAAGAAACUUUACCAGGUGAAACAGAAAACUCUCCCGGGGAAGAAGGUGACGAGAGCAGUCAACUGUUACCCUAGCCAAGAAUUGAACCCCUAUAUCCUUUAAAACUUCCAUUUGAAGCCCGGAACAGAGUACUGUAGCAUUUAAUGUUUCCCUGUUAUUUAUGCUCUGCCCUCCAAAUCUCUACCCUCUUGUAAUAUGUAUAUUUGCAUUAUUCUAUGUUAUUUAUUUUAAUAUGAUAUUUUUAUAUUUUAAGCCCCUGGCUUUGUAGGACAUUGUGUAGUUUGUUCCUCUGAACUCUACCGUAGGUGUAAGGGAACUCGGUUUUAGUUGUAUUUCAUUGUUACCAAAUUGAAAUAUGGCAAGGCAUUCCAGACCAUUUCAUUUUGAGACUAUUGUUGUAUUGAUUUAAUUUUCUUUCAAGGUUAAGAAAAGUUAACGAGUCUAAAGGUUUUGGAUGCUGCCUAGCUAUGGUUGUUGCUUUAACGGUGCUCCCCACCUUUGGGGCCUCAGAUUAACCGGCCAUUGUAAAUUAUUUGUGUAUAGCUGGCGAUUUUAUCGCUUUUUCUUUAUGUAUAGUAAUAUAAUUAAAGUUAUUAUUUGUUAAUAGACAUUCGUUUAAAUAAUUGUUCAAACUGAAAGAUUGCAAAAUUAUUUCAUUAGGGAGUAUCAGUAAUCAAAUAUGCCUGUUGUUUUCUGAUAAGUUUAUUUGUUGUUGCUGGUUUUUAUUAUUUUUUUUAAUAAGUUUUAUUUUGAUUUAAUUUAUUUUAAAGCAUAUAAUAUUUUGUAAUAUGUAUACAUAUUAUGAAUUUGAGUGCUACUUAAAUUACAAUAAUUGGCAUUUAUUUAUGUUAGUUUAGAUAAUAUAUUAAAAUAGCCAGUACAAAAUGCAAUGUAUUAAUAAUUUGCAUAUUUAUCAACAUAUUUCAAUUGUGUAAUAUAACUAUCAUGGUGCUGUUUUCUAGAAUUGUUAUUAAUAACUAAAUCUGAUUAUGAUUAAUUUCUUAAUAUGUUAAUGAAAUUAUUAAUUUUCCACGAUUGGACCGAAGUUUAUAUAUCUAUAUAUUUUUUAAUUUUUUUAAAGCUAUUUUCAGAGAAGAAUGAACUUGUUGAAUAUUAUUAAAUGUAUUUUAUUUUUCCAAGAUUCUUAUAAUAAAUUUUAAAUUGAAUUGUUUUAUUUUAUAAGAUAAAUUAACUUAUGUUUGACACUUAGUGUUAUCUAUUGCAAAUAUUAUUGUAUAUAUUUAAUAAAAUGGCAUUUUAUAUUAUUUGAUUUUAUUUCAUUGAAGAUGUAUUGAUAUCUGUUUCUUUCCUAUCUUAUCCUGUGUGCUGAAACCAGAACUUAAGACGUAAACUAUUCACAGUUUUAUAAUAAACUACACUUAAAUUUCCUAACAAAGUAAUAAAUUAUCGUACUUACAUACUAAGAAAAAUAGUAUUUUAUUGCAUGUGAAAUAUUAUCUAUAUUUUUAAAUUAUUAUAUAUGGAGUAAGGUUUUGUCAUUAUCUUCUUUUUCUUGUAAAUAUAAGUGAUCAGAUAUUUUUAAUUUCUAUUAAAAAGGUUCAAUGAAAAUCUUUAAUACCUCAUUUUUGGCAGAAGACAGCAUCAUGCUUCUUAUGUUUUCAUAUUUUGUAUUGUUCCUUUAAAAUACUACAAGGCUCUAAAAUAUUGACUGUGUAGAAUGAAUUCCUUUAAGUAUGUCAUAAGAUGAUUGUUCAAAGUUGUUUCCUUUUUUAUAUUUGCUAAGCUUUUGAUCUAUUGUAUUCAAUAACAAUAGAAACAAGUUCGGCAAAAGGGAAAUACGUUAAUAAUAUUACGCAAUUAUGGAAUCUUUAUGUUAGAUAUACUUGUAGAAAAAAAAAAUGUUAUUUUAGAUGCUCAUCUAACUCCAUUAUCUUUUCAUGUAACACAUCUCACUUAUUGGGAUUGAUUUUUUAAUAUGUAUUAUCCUUAAUGUCAUCUACCGUACAAGAUAAUAAAUUAUUUCCUCAUGUUUUGUUAUUUUUAAAACAAUUUACUGUAGGUUAUAUACCUGAAUCUUGGCCAAAAAAAUUUUUAUUAAAAAUGUCGUCAAGCUCGACUAAUAUCAAUUAGUUACUGCUAUAGUAAUUAGAAAUUAAUUAACUUUUUAUAAAUGCUAUUUUUUUUAUGUUUAUAUUUUGCUAAAUUUCUAGUUAAUGAGCUGGCCUCUAAUUACUAUUUUGUGAUAUAUUAGCGCAUAAAAAAAAUUUCAGGAUUGUAACUUUAGCAGUAGGAAAUAUGUUUUGUAUGACAUGUCUUUUUAUUAAAUAAGUAUAAAUAGAUAGUAAUAUCAGAAAAAAAUUUGAAAAUGAUAACCAAAUGGCAAGUUACAGUACAUCAAUUAUCUUGAAUGAUUUAUGUUAGAUAUUUUUAAAAAAUGAAUUAUGUGUUGGUAGAUGGCAAUAUUAGCUAAUAACAUCAAUGUUUUCAUUAAUUUUUAUUUAUGUUCUUGGCUAAUAUAAGAAAGUAUAAUUGCUUGAAAAUUAUUGUUACUUUAAUUUAACAUUAUCAGACAUUGUUACUUUAAUUUAUCCUGUUUUUGCCUAUAUUUAUUUGUUAUUUUAAAAUUUAUAUGUUAUUCCACUGGCUCCCUUAUUUUUGAUUUUUUUUUAAUGUCAACAUUGUAUAUUUGUAAAUAUUGAAAGAAAUAUAUAUUUGUGGCAUAUAAUUACAUGCUCAUAACACUGUGA